AUGGCGCUGUUUUCUCCAUUCUCCAUGGCGCUUAACCACAUGGACCAAUCUUCUGAAAGUUCAGAAAAAGGAAAAAGAAGUGUAGAUGGCCAGAUAUUGGAUAUAUUUUGGAAACUUGUUGAAACGAAAAAGGAGGAUCGACUUUCUGCUGCCAAAAGUUUGCUGAAUAUUGUAAUUGCCAAGCAAAAAUUAAAUAAGGGGCAUGGCUUAUGUACAGACCUUGCGUACACUGUUGAGAGACUGGUAAAGGGAAUUGGUUCUUUACGAAAGGCUGCUAGGCAUGGAUUUACGUUGGCUUUAACCGAGGUCUUAAGGCUGUUUCCUUCAGUGUCUACAGACCAUGUCAUUUGUCUUAUUAAGAAACACCUGCUACUAUCAGGAACCAAACAGGAAAAGGGUAGUGCCGUUAUUGGACAGAUGCUAGCUUAUGGGGCUAUCAUACGGGCUGGAAGAGCUUCUGUAGAACCGGAUGUUCUUGGUACUGUUGUUCUUAGUUUACAGAACCUGGCUGCUCAACGUAGCUACGUCCAGCAUGCUGCUUUUCAACUGUUAACAGAAUUGUUCUCGUCGGUGGAUGAAAAAUCUUUUAAAAAGCACAUCUUACCUCAUCUGAAGGACAGUUUAUGUGAUGGUUGGAACAACUGUACUCCUGACAAGCUGUGGCUCCUCUUUGUGUGUGCUCGACUCUUUCCUGGUGUAGUAAAUCAAGCAUUCAUGAGAGAGCACUGGCAAACUGAACGUCUCCUUUCCCCUGAAAAUUACACUCAUCUCACUCGUAUUCUUAAGCAAUCCACUGCUGGUCAUCCUCUCGUCCACCUUGCUUGCCGUGAAGUUGUGAUGCAAGCUGUUAAAGAAAAAGAUUUUAGAUUGUUCUGGAAAACAGUGGUUGAUGAUGGACUCUUCAACUCUCAUUUAAGCGAAAAAGUCUAUCUUGGUUUUCAACUAAUCAAAGAAGUCUUACCUUACAUUAAAAAGGCUAAAAAGGUUCAGCACAUAUUAUCCCAGCCUUUCUGUAAUAUAUUCAUUAAAGCUUCUCUUUGGUCUCAGCAUCCUCUCAAUCCAGCAGUUUGUGAAAUGUCAGAUUUCCUUACCAACUUUGUAAAGGAAUGUACAGACUCUACAGUUCAGUUUGCCGUGUUAAAAGUCUACAUUCAGUCGCCAGGAACAAUCCUGUUUGACCAGGUGACUAAGAAGAAGACGUUAGCCACUGUAUUACAACAUCUUCUUCCUGAUGCUUUAAAAAAAUAUGUAGCUUUGCUUAAAGAAGAAGUCCUUGGUCAGUCAUUCAGCGUUGAUCCUCGUCUGAUCUCUGUCCGGCUUCUUGUUCUCGCUACUAGGAAAAAAAUAGUGAAGCCAGUUACAGAACUUGGUGAGGUAAAUUGUUUUCCUUUUGUAGUAGUGAAGCCAGUUACAGAACUUGGUGAGGUAAAUUGUUUUCCUUUUGUAGUAGUGAAGCCAGUUACAGAACUAGGUGUGGUAAAUUGUUUUCCUUUUGUAGUAGUGAAGCCAGUUACAGAACUUGGUGAGGUAAAUUGUUUUCCUUUUGUAGUAGUGAAGCCAGUUACAGAACUUGGUGAGGUAAAUUGUUCUCCUUCUGAAGUAGUGGAGCCAGUUACAGAACUUGGUGAGGUAAUUUGUUUUCCUUUUGAAGUAGUGAAGCCAGUUACAGAACUUGGUGAGAUUCACAAGCUCUGGACCAAAACCGUAUCGCUUGUAAGUAAACUGAAGAAACGAAGAUCUGAAUUAGACAGUAAAAGUUCUGAUCAUCUUUGUGCUUUUGAGGUUUUUCUGCUCCAUUUGGGGUUGCAGCUGUUUUUGGACAGUAAACGAACAACUGAGCCUUUGGAGGUAGGUUCCCUUUAA